UGGUUUUGAAACCAAAGACACAAACAAUAGGGUAAGUUGAGAGAGAAGAAGAAGAAGAAGAAGAGAGCAACAAAACAAUGGCGUCAACAUCAGCAGUAUCAUUCUGGAGAGCUUCUGGAAUGACGUAUAUAACGUAUUCUAAUAUAUGCGCCAAUCUAGUAAGAAAAUGCUUAAAACAGCCACACAAGAGUGAAGCACUCGAGAGAGAGAAAGUGUAUUUCUCUCUUUCCAAGUGGACCGAUGGCAAGCCCCAGAAGCCCACCCUCCGUUCGGACACACCACAAGACUGAUUUCUGGAUUGGGUUCUACUGUCGUGGGGUUUGUGGAUUGGGUUAUACUUGGACCAUUUUGGUUUUAACAUUUUAUUGCUUUUGUAAUAAUGUAACUUGCAUUAGUCUAAUGCAAUACUUUGCUUAUCUUUCUAAUGGAAAUCUAAACUCCCUACUUUUUAAGUGAUUUCUUUGUUUCAGUGUUUAAUAAUAUCAUCUACCCUGGACAUUCCAUGUAGAGAAAUGAUCAUCCU